GCUCCGGAGAGGGGCCGAGGUGGUCCACACUGUGCGUGAGUCCUCUGGCGCCCGUCUGACGAGGAAGAUAACCGUCUGUCAGUCGGUCGACGGACGUCUCCGCUGCUACGACUCGCUGCAGCCAGUGUUUGAAGAAGGUGAGCCAGGCUCACCCCCGGCACCGCCAUGACGUCCUCGGUGCUUCGUGCGCUGCCCGUCCGCUAUGUGGUGGUGGGAAUGGCCUUCUUCGGCUUCAUCAUCAACUACAUGCUGCGCAACAACCUGAACCUGGCCAUUGUGGCGAUGGUGAACCACACGGCGGUCAACUCGUCCGACUCCAGCGGCCAGGAGGACGGCCCGUUCGUAUGGGACGAGAACAUCGUCGGCCAGAUUCUGGGCAGCUUCUACUACGGCUACAUCUGCACCCAGAUCGUGGGCGGACGUGCCGCCGAGCUCUCCAACGUCAAGUACAUCUACGGCGUGUCGCUGCUGCUGGCCGGUCUGCUGACCUUCCUGAUCCCGGCCGUGUCCUACUGGGACUACCGGGCGCUGCUCACCGUCCGCAUCGCCAUGGGGUUCGUGAUGGGCGUGGGCUUUCCCUCCGGGUACGCGCUGCUGCGCGCCUGGGCGCCGCCCAACGAGCGCAGCACCGUCAUCUCGCUGGCGCUCAGCGCGUGCAACAUCGGCACGGCCAUCACCAUGCCGCUGGCGUCCGCCAUCAUCAACGGCAUCAGCUGGGAAGCGGUGUUCUACAUCCAGGGCUCGUUCGCAGUCGUGUGGUUUCUGUUCUGGGUGCUGCUCGUGUACGACAACCCGCAGCAGCACCGCUUCAUCACAGCCGAGGAGCGCGACUUCAUCGUCAGCGCCAUCGGCCAAGAGGGCACCACGCGCCGGCUGCCGCUCCCCUGGAAGGAGGUGCUCACAUCGCCGCCCGUCUGGUCGCUCAUCGUCGCCAACUUCUGCAACAACUGGGGCUGGUACACGCUCCUCAACGAUCUGCCGCAGUACUUCAACAACAUCCUGAAGAAGGACAUCUCCUCGAACGCCAUUUUCACCUCGCUGCCGUUCCUGGUCACCUUCAUCUUCUCCAUAAUCUACAGCAGGUUCAGCGACUACCUGCGCAAGAAGGACCUGCUGAGCAUCACCAACAUCCGUCGGCUGGCGCAGUUCGUCUCGCAGGCGCUCGGCGCGGUGACGCUGAUCUGUAUCGCCUUCCUGGGCGAGUACGAGGCUGCCGUGGAGACGCUGCUGUUUGUCGGCAUCGGCCUGUUCGGCGCCGGCUACUCGGGCUGGCAGAGUGCCUCCAUGGACAUCGCGCCCAACUACUCGGGCACGCUGUACGGCAUCUCCAACACGUUCGGCAGCAUCCCCGGCUUCCUGGCGCCGCUGGUGGUCGGAGCGCUCACCGAGGGGCACGAGACCCUCGACCGCUGGCGCUGGUGCUUCCUCAUCCCGGCGGCGCUGAUGCUCUUCGACACGGUCGUCUUCUUCGUGUUCGGCAGCUCCGAAGAGCAGUCUUGGAACAGGAAGUAUUACGAUGAUGCCGACAAGGAUAGCCAUAUUGAGGAUGGUGCAGCUGUGAAAGACGGUGGGAUGAAAACAGGCCUAGAACUGAAGGAUGUAAACGCUGAAAACUCACAAGAACAGGGUGGACUGGAUAAUGCGGGGUAUGUGCCAGAUGUAAAAACGUCAUAAGACGACGAAUGAAUAGGAAUAUCAAAGAUGGGUGAUAUAAGUCGAAUUUAAGUAGGUGUAAUAUGUCCAUAAUGGACGCAGUGAACACCGCCUAGAGUACUAGAGUAGGACCCAUGCAUAUAAACGUACGUAUACCUAUCUAAUUUCAAGUGCACGUUUAUUUCGAGCUAUGCAAACAAUUUCACAAGCGCAUUUAUAGAUAGCUAGCAUUUAGCAAAUACAUUGAAUUAUGAAUAUCAUUGUGGCAUUGCAGCAUGUUUGUUUGUAAGGUUUCCAAUGUUCAUUGUUCAGUGCUAUAGACGUCUGUCUGUAUCCUCACAGUCACGGAUGAGUGGAGGCGAGAAAUACAAUGGAGAAGUAGCGAAACACUUAUAUAA